AUGUCCAUGUCCACGCCGACCCCGUCCCCAACCUACGGCGACUGCGUUGCGUCGCUGCGCACGUCGCUCUCCUUCCUCGAGUCGUCCGUCGCGACCCUCGGCGCGGGCGUGCAGGAUUUCCCGCGCCUGUCAUCGGUGCUCAAGACCGUCCGCCACUAUGAGCUGAUUCCCCAGCCGACCCUCGCCGCCGCCGAGGCCUCGCUGCGCGACGAGAUCGGCCCCUUCGUCGCCCUGCUGCUUGACCGCGCCGACCGCCACCUCGAGCGCCAGGCCCGCCGCAUCGAGACGCUCAAGGCGCGCGCCGAGCUCAACGCCGGCCGCCUGUCGCAUUACCCUCCCUCCUCAUCUGGUGGAGGUGGCAGGGCCGGCUCGGGCAGCGGCAAGCCGCUGGAUGGCGGGGCGGCGCUGAGGGCCAAAGUGGUGCGGCAGCGCAAGGAGGCGCUCAAGUACAGCGUCGAAAGGCUCGAGCUGGAGGUGCAGCAGAAGGAGAGGGAGCUGCGGCUGAGGCUGGAGCAGCAGCCGUGA